AACUUCUUGCCAAAAUAAGUAAUGUGCCAGAUGAUUAUCCAGAAACACAUAAUUUGCUUGAUGUUCUUGCCAAAAUGAAUGAUAUGAUUGAUGGUUUAGCCAAAGUACGUAAGAUGCGACUUGAUUAUGACAAAGAUUGGGCCAUUCAGGAGGCUAAGACUCGUGUGUUUGAUGAACAAAUGAAAAUGUUACGUAAGAAGCGUGAGGACUAUCUCACUGCUUUGAGGCGGUAUAAUGAAUUGGCAAGAUCCACCUUGGAGCAGGAGGAGAACCAGGAGAAGGAUGAACCACGCUGCUGUGAAACUGUUCCAAGUGCCAUGACUGACAGUACAAAGUCGUUGCUGGGUAAACUGAAGGAUCUCAAGGAUCUCAAGGAUAGUAAGAAGGCAUUGCAAGACAUGGAAAAGGAUAUCGAGGAGCAUGUUGAAAUGAUAAGGAAAGCGCUGCAUGACCGUACAGUUGCUAAUGAUUUGUUUAGCAAACGGCUUCAUGAUCGUCAGGAACUUCUUGACAAACUACGUAAUUUGCAAGAUGAUUAUGGCAAAGCACGUAAUAUGCGAGAUGGUCUUGCCAAAUUAAGUAAAAUGGAAGAUGAUUAUGACAGAGAUCAGGCCAUUGAGAGGGCUAAGCGUAUUUUGAUUGGUGAACAAAUGGAAGUCUUACGUGAGAAGCAGCAGGACUAUCUCAGUGCUUUGAGGCGGUAUCAUGAAUUGGAAAGAUCCACCAUGGAGCAGGUGCAGAAGGUGAAGAAGGUUGUAAAAGUGGGUGCCGCUGUUGGCCUUGUGGGAGGGCUUCUGCUGAUACUGGCAAAGAUCUAGAUUCGAGCAGUGUGCAGUUUGCUUCUUCUUUUUGUGUAGAACUGAGCUGACAGAUGACUCGGCUGAGCUGUUUUUUUUUGGAGUGGCAGAGUAGUAACAUUUGACUGUUUAGUUGAUUAUUUUCUCUGUGCCGGUUUAACAGUGCAUUCGUCGGAAGGCUUCUGCUGAUAAAGAUCUCAAUUAGAGCACCUAGGAGUUUGCUGCUACUUAUUUCUGUGUAGAACUGAGUUAGCCAGAUGAGUAUGCUGAGCUGGUAUUUAGUGUGGUGGAGUAGAAUUUAACUGUUUCAUUGAUUUGGACCGAUUUGAACCUGCAGUAGUAGCUAAGACAAGGCCAAGUUAUACAAUUGCUAUCAUUGCAGUUAUCUAUAUGUAAUACCAGGAGAUAACUCACUUUAUGCUA